AUGCCAAACGAACCGCUUUAUCAUUUCAUCAUAGCUUUUGUGUACACGGACCCCGCGUCCUUCAGGCUUAGGGUGUACUUGACAUCUGUAAAGUUCAAAUUAUUGCUGCACCCUGACCCAGAAGACGUUUUCGCUGCCGACUUCAAGGUCUUUGAAGAUGGGGAACAAAUGGAAUAUGACACGCAGAAGGCUGUCCGAGGACGCAUUGAAGGCGUCCCAAGAUCGAUUGUACAGGGUGUGGUGACGUCGGACGGUCUCUUCGACGGUGUCAUCGAGGAAAUGGACGAAAUAUUCUUUAUUGAGCCCGUCUCGCGGUAUUUGACAGCAAUGCAGCCGCGUCAAUCAGGUGGAAAUACCACCACUAACUUCCACAGCGUGAUAUACAAGGUGAGUGACAUCCGCUUCGAGCGUGGUCUCAGUCCUACGAGUCUGCAUCGGAAUAUAUCCGUGACGAUCUCCCUCCUUCUCGGAGGUGUUGCGUCCUCGAGAGAAGUUAUCCCCGCAUCGCUUGCGAUGAACGCAUCGGGUGUCGUGAAAUCUCAGCUCAGUCGCUACAACUUUCGGUUCAGACGUAUUUUUCCCGAAAAUGCAACGUGCGGUUCGGUUUCGUUGGACGGGAGUCUCGAAACCUAUCCCAUCUCGGCAGAUCGACAUCAUCUCCUGAGACGCCGGAGAAAUGUCUCGGGUACUUCAGGAAGCAUUGUCCAGGAAGGUGAUAUGCUCAGCUACCGUCGAGAUGAUAAGCAUUCGUAUAAAGAUUAUCAUACGGAAUACAACGGCGGUCAAAAGACCAUGCCGAGAGUCUCCCUUGAGCGCGGUGAGAAACCGAGGAAUAACCGGACUACGUGCUCGCUGUAUCUCCAAGCCGAUCAUUUGUUUUACGAAAAAAUGGGCUCGCGGGAGGCGUGCAUCGAAAGCAUGACGAGACACGUUCAAAAGGUCAACUCCAUUUACAAGGAGACCGACUUCGAUCAAGACAACAUACCAGACAACAUAUCAUUUCUAAUCAAAAGGAUAAAGGUGCACACCACGGCCAGCCUUAACAGCCCGGAUUAUCGGUAUCCGGAAAAUUACGGGGUCGAGAAAUUCCUUGAGCUUUUUUCCGAAGAGGAUUACGACAACUUCUGUCUCGCGUACAUGUUCACGUACCGCGAUUUUGAGGGUGGCACAUUGGGAUUAGCGUGGACAGGUGAUAUGAAGAACGCGGGAGGAGUUUGCGAGAAAAAUGGACAUUAUCGGGGAUCUCUGAAGAGUCUGAACACCGGAAUCGUCACGCUUCUCAAUUACGGGAAACACGUUCCGCCAAUCGUGUCGCACGUGACCCUGGCACACGAAAUCGGACACUCUUUCGGAUCGCCGCAUGAUCCUAAAGAUGACACUCUUUGCACACCCGGAGGAGAGCAAGGGAAUUUUAUAAUGUUUGCUCAUGCCACCUCUGGUGACAAGGGCAACAACAACAGGUUUUCGCCAUGUAGUUUGCGCUCGAUUUAUCAAGUUCUCAAACAGAAAGCGAUCAACUCGAAAGGAUGUUUCAUGGAGCCACAAUCAUCGAUUUGUGGAAAUGGCGUUGUUGAGGACUCAGAAGAGUGCGACUGUGGUUGGGAGGAUGAAUGCAAGGAGACUUGUUGUGUGCCUCAGACGGGAAGGACCAACAGUGACGAAGUUCCUUGCACGUUGAGGAAAGGUGUUGUUUGCAGCCCGAGUCAGGGACCAUGUUGUACUGAUGACUGCAAUCUCAAAAUCGGAGACAAAUGUCGAGACGACAACGGCUGCAGGAGCUCCGCAUUCUGCGAUGGAGGAGGCCCGAAAUGCCCCUCGUCAAUCAGCAAACCAAACAAAACUAUUUGCAAUGACGAGUUUGUUUGUUAUAUGGGGGAAUGCACGGGAUCUAUCUGCACUGCGUACGGCCUGGAGUCCUGCCAGUGCGAUCGGGGAGUACACGAUGCUCCCACGAAAGCUUGUGAACUUUGUUGUCGGUUGCCAGGCGAAGGACAAGCCUGUCGAUCUUCUUUUGAGUGGAACACGCCUCCGUAUGACGUGCCCGACCUCUUCGCGAAGCCGGGAACGCCUUGCGAUCAGUACAACGGAUACUGCGAUGUUUUUCAGCGCUGCAGAGAGAUCGAUCCCUCGGGUCCGUUGGCUACGCUGCGGAAGCUGUUACUUUCGACAAGAACCAUAUCUUCAUUAACUCAAUUGCUGACUCAAUAUGCUCCGCUCAUGGUUUUCUCGGCGCUGUGUGUGUUUGUGCUGUUCAUUCUGGCACUGCGCGCUCUUUGUCUGCCCACCGAUGAAACCAACACCCUCUACUACAAACAAGGACUCGGUCUCAAUCAGACUAAUGAUCAGGGUUCUUUACGUGGUCCGAUAGGGAUCACAACUCCAACUGCAUCGACGGUCAGACCUCCGCUACGCACCGGUAACACUGUGAGCAGAAUACUACUGCCAUCUAGAAACCGAUCGGCCGGACAACAUAUCCCAAGCGAGCAGAGCUCGACUCAAGCCACAGUCAGCGCGCAUCCCCAGAGCUGUCUCCUCUCGUUGGCGGCGUCUAAGAGCUCCACAACAACGACCAAAGUUAUCCGCAAACCAGCUGAGGAAAACUUUGACUCGCAAGGAAUCGAACCGUCCACUUCAGUGUCCAUAGCUGGUGCUCUUCGAUCACGACUGUCUGCGGCGUUGAACGGAAAAACGCCUAAACGUUGGGUGUGA